AUGGCUACAGCUCUCAUAGUCGAGGCGAUGCCAACAUUGGAUCCAUCAACAACUGCCCAAACGGCAGCAGCAAUACCCAAGGACGUUAAUUUCGACCCCGAUGCCCUCAAAUCCAAGUACUUCGCCGAGCGGGACAAGCGCCUUCACAAUGGCGGGCUUGACCAGUAUCGACCAGUCGAAGGCUCCCUCUCAAGCUAUGUCGAAGAUCCUUACGUCGAGCCUGGCUUCACCCGCGACCCUGUUGACCUGGAUUGUGACGUGGUCAUUAUUGGCGGCGGCUACGGGGGCCAGCUAGUCGCGGUGCGGUUGAUGGAACAAGGAAUAAACAACUUCCGGAUUAUUGAGAAAGGCGGCGAUUUUGGAGGCACAUGGUACUGGAACAGAUAUCCCGGGGCGCAAUGCGACAUCGAAUCCUACAUCUAUAUGCCACUUCUGGAAGAAACCAACUAUAUACCGACAGAAAAGUACGCACAUGCGCAAGAGUUACUCGAUCACUCGAAGAGGAUCGGAGAGCAGUAUGAUCUGUAUUCAAGAUCUCUCUUUCAGACUGAGGUGCUCGUAUUGCGGUGGUGCGCCUCUAAUUCCAGAUGGUUGGUUGACACGAGUCGGAAAGAUAACAUUCGAGCACGGUUUGUUAUCCCCGUGGCUGGCCCACUUCACAGACCUAAACUGCCUGGACUGCCCGGUAUCGAAUCAUUUCGAGGCCAUUCAUUUCACUCAAGCCGCUGGGAUUACGAUUAUACUGGAGGAAAUGAGGCGGGCGGGCUCACUAAGCUCGCCGACAAGCGAGUGGGCAUCAUUGGCACGGGUGCCACUGCGGUCCAGCUAGUUCCGCAUCUUGGGGCAGGAGCGAAGGAGCUCUACGUUUUCCAGCGGACACCAUCCUCGAUCGACAUUCGCGCAAACAAACCAACCGACUGGGAAUGGGCAAACUCAUUGCAGAAGGGUUGGCAACAAAACCGAAUGGAUAAUUUCACCAUAAUUCUCAGCGGGGGCUUCCAGGAGGAAGACCUCGUCGCAGACGCCUGGACGAAUACUCUCGGGAAACUCCGCCCGAACCCGAUCAAAAUGAAGACUGUGGCUCCCGAGGCUUAUGCUGCUGAGCUCGAGCUGGCCGAUUUCAAGAAGAUGGAAUCACUUCGUGCUCGGGUGGACGCCAUCGUCGAGGAUAAAAGAACAGCUGAGGGCUUGAAACCGUGGUAUAACCACUUUUGUAAGCGUCCUUGUUGCCACGAUGAGUACUUGCAGACAUUCAAUCGACCAAAUGUCCACCUCGUUGACACUGAAGGUAAAGGGGUGGAAGCUAUCACUACAAAAGGGGUCGUCAGCAACGGCAAAGAGUACGAGCUCGACUGCAUUAUCUACGCCACCGGCUUCGAAGUCGCCACAGACUUCUCCCACCGUGCCGGCAUGGACAUUUACGGACGCGAUAAUCUGACACUGACCGAGAAGUGGCGAGAGGGUGCCUUGACGUUUCACGGCUGGACCACUCGCGACUUCCCGAACUGCUUCUUCGUUAGCAAUUUGCAAUCCGCCCAGUCAGUGAACUUCAUCCACGCCACAAACGAGCAGGCUAUCCACCUCGCCUAUAUUGUUUCGGAAUGCCAGAAGCGUGGCAUCAACACCGUCGAGCCCACUGCCGAUGCAGAGGCGAACUGGGUCGACACAGUCAUCGAAACGACCAAGAUGAGGCGCAAUCUUCUGCGCGGGUGCACCCCGGGCUACUACAACAACGAAGGCGACUUUUCAUUGCGUGCCCAGCGAAACGCGCCCUACGGAGGAGGUGUAAUGCCGUUCCUUGAAAUUCUAAGUGACUGGCGUCAAGAGGGUAAACUCGAAGGUCUAGAUAUUGUGUGUGUGCAAAGCGGUGACCCGUGA